CGUCAUCACGCAAUGGGUGGCGACGUGGAAAACAUGGAGGAUAAGAGUACGUAGAGUGGGGCUAGCAGUGUUAAUGACUAUCUUAUAUCAAAUGUUUACCUCUGGUGCGUUAAAACUCAGCAACCAGCUGGUUUAAACCUAAAUCUCCGUGGGGAAACCGUUGUUAGAAAGCACCGCAGGAAGCCAGCCGCAGCCAGAGAAACUGCGAGAGGCUUUUCUGACAGGAUUUUGCACUACCCAGUAAAUAAGCACUGAAGAUUGAAGCCAGGGAGCUAUGGGUGCAAACACCAGCCAGGUCACUGACCUGUCCGAUAAUGCCAGCCUCAAAGCCCUGGUGGGGACCGAGUCCAUCUCUGAAAACGAUCCCUUCUGGAAUCAGCUCAUCUCCUUCACCUUUGUCAGUCCUACAAACAGUGGAGACUCAAAGUUACUUGAAGAGGCCGUCAUCCCCCUGGCCAAGGCUCUCAUUCAAAACAAUCCCAGGACGGGGAACUUUGGUGCUUUAGUGAGGGUUUUCCUGGGGAGAACCAAGGAGCUAAAAAUUUCCACAGAAUGCCAAGAUCAGUUAUUCAUCUGGCAGGCGCAUAAUGCAUUGUUCAUGAUUCGUUGCCUGGUGAAGGUCUUUAUCAGAGAGAUGAGUGAGGAAGAGCUGCACCAACAGUUCUCCUACCAGGAGAGGGCGCCAGGCUCCUGUGGAGAAAGUGGGAGUGAGGACCUCCUGGAGGAGCUGUUGUUGAACCUCGUUCACCUGAUUGUUGAAGUACCCUUGCUAGACCUCACCUACAGUAUCCUGUUUGAAGCAGUGACAACAUUGCUGACUUUCUUCUCCUAUCAACUCUUCCACAAAGAAAUCCUCCAAGAGGGAUUGAUAUAUCAACACAUCAUGAAGGGUCGAUGUUUGGAACUGACUAGCCGCUUGGUAAAGACCCUGCUCUAUAACUUCAUCAGGCAGGAGAAAUGUCCUCCUGCGGCCCACAUUUUUGAGCCGAAAGCUGAAGGAGGCCUUCUUUACGGGCUGGCGUCUGGAGUGGCAAGUGGUCUCUGGAGUGUCUUCACUCUGGGUGGAGCUGGUAGUAGAGCUGGGACAGACCAGGAAAACGAUCCUUUACCUUUAUCCAAUCAGAGCCUCCUGUUACUGCUGGUAUUGGCCAAUCUGACAGAUGGGCCUGAUUGGCCAAACCCUUUCCGUCAGGCUAUUACUUGUUUCAGAAACACACAAGACACGUCGGCACUGCCUGUGGAGCUACCUCACACUUUUCAGAUCAAUUUCAACAGUCUGUACACGGCUCUGUGUGAGCAGCAGCGCUCCGACCAAGCCACUCUGCUUCUUUACACCCUGCUCCACCAGAACGCCAACAUGAGGACGUACAUCCUGUCAAGGACUGACAUGGACAAUCUGGUUAUGCCCAUCCUGGAGAUCCUUUACCACGUUGAAGACAGAAAUUCUCACCAUGUCUAUAUGGCCCUUAUUAUUCUCCUCAUUCUCACAGAGGACGAUGCCUUCAAUCGCUCCAUCCAUGAGGUGGUGCUGAAGAACAUUUCUUGGUACACAGAGAGGUCACUGACAGAGAUCUCACUUGGAAGUUUGCUCAUCCUUGUUGUUAUCCGGACGGUCCAAUUCAACAUGACUCGGACUAGGGAUAAAUACCUACACACCAACUGUCUCGCUGCACUUGCCAAUAUGUCAGCCCAGUUUCGAAGCCUCCAUCAGUACGCCGCUCAGCGCAUCAUCAGCUUGUUUGCUUUGCUUUCCAAAAAGCACAACAAGGUUCUGGAGCAGGCAACACAGUCUCUAAGAGGCAGACAAGGAGACAACACAGCCUUGCCAGACUAUGUGAGUAAAACACACAUACAAAGUCACGGUUUCUCCAAGUGGGGAUAA